AUGCCAAAGGCCCAGCUACGAGGGAAGUCACCGAGCCCGAUGAUCUCGCGACCGAACUCAAGAGGAGAAACAGAACGGCCGUCAUCAGUCCUGGAGGACGGUGACGGUUACUCGACCAUGACCGCAUCACGACCGCCGAGUCUGGCUCUCAUGCCCCCAGCCUCGGCAUCUUCGAGCCCGGCGUCGCCCCCAUCUUUACGGGAUAUACUCACCAACAUCGCACCUCCACCGUACACGCUCGGCGCCUUCACUGCUUUUCUCUCUCAGAACCACUGCUUGGAGACGCUGGAAUUUACAAUGGAUGCUGAUCGAUACCGAUCAGUCUACUCCAACUUUCUCAGGGAGCAGGCUGCCGGCUAUGGAGAUGGCGCCGACUAUGUAUGCUCUCACUGGCAGAAGAUUAUCAACGCCUACAUAGUACCCUACGGCCACCGAGAAGUCAACCUCCCAGCCCAUGUCCGAGACCGUCUGUUGUCAUUACCUGCGACACCUGUGCCUCCUCACCCGACAGAGCUGGAUGAAGCGGUGAGGAUUGUGUACGAACUCAUGAACGACUCGGUGUUGGGCCCGUUCCUGGCGUCAGUAGCGGCGCAGUACGACGGGUGUGCCGACGCCGGCGCCCCUGACUCGAAGAAAGCCCGGUCACGGUUAUGGAUCCCUAAGGAUUCGAGCCCCGACGAGUCGGGCCGAUCGCCGAAGAUGGGUUUCCUGCCGAUGCUCAACAUCCCCUGGACGAGCGAGCCCAAGAGUUCUGCCUCGUCGGCCAGCGACUUCGCUGAGCGUGGCGGGCUCACAGAAGACAGCGCAAACACGCCAUCUCCCACGGGAAACGAGCCCAUGACACCACCAACCACACCGCCAGUGUCAGACUGGGGCUUCAGCACCUCCCCAGGAGGCCUCCACAAAACCGGCUCACACAGCAGCGGCUGGAAGAAGAUGGGCGCGAAAUUGGGUCUCAACCGGAUGGGCCGCAGCAAGCGUGGCCACAGUUCGACAACUUCGGCACCAACCGACUUUGCCAUCCCUCCGCGGGACCCGGACCAUGUCAGGCGCAGGACCAACCCCUUAUAG